UUUUGAUAGUUUACAGAGAGAAAAAAAGAAAGGAAAAAAAAGAGAGAGAAAGAAGAAGAAGAAGAAGAAGAAGAAGAAGAGAGUUGGGUUCACGUUUGUGGGUUCUCCUGUGUGUUGGUUUGAAGAGAUCUCUUUCAGAUCAGAAGCUCAAAGGGUCACAAAAAGACAACCUCGUAAAUGGGGAGGGACGUUACAGGUUUACGUAGUGCUGACAGGAGACCUAAUGUUAAGCCAAAUGGUGUCACAGUUCAUGUUGCCCCCAGAAUUGCUAAGGAAAGUGUUGAAGCAAAGGACUAUGAGGCAGAGGAUCACACUGCAAAAGGCACACACGUGGAGGAAUCCCAUGAGAAGCAGGAUGUACUAUCCGUGAAGAGCACCAACUGUGAACCUGAUACGACCGAGGGAAAAAUUACAAAGACGGAGGCUGUGAAGUCCAGUGACAAGAAGUUGGGCUCACCAUUGAAGCCUGACUCUGAUUCUUCUGCGGUGACUGAAAGUCUAGCCCCACCAGUCAUGAAUUCAUCAGGAAAUGAAUCUGAAAAUCAUGAAAAUGGCACUCAGACUGUUGAUGCUGGUUCUAACUGUUCAUCCAAGUCCAACGAUUUGCACUCUUCUAUGACUUCAAAAAAAUUUCAUCAAAAUUCUCCCAUGAUGUCAAGGAAACUGCGGAUUCAGGAUGAAGACGAUAAUUGGUCCUUGGCUUCAUCAACUGCAGCUUCUGUGCGGACAGUUAAGUCCAAGAUUACUGUUCCUGUAGCUCCAUCAUUUAAAUGUUCUGAACGCUCAGAGAGACGCAGAGAGUAUUACACAAAGUUAGAGGAAAAGCACAAAGCUCUGGAGGCAGAGAAACAUGAAUAUGCAGCCAGAAUGAAGGAAGAGGAAGAAGCAGCAAUGAAGCAGCUUAGAAAGGCAAUGGUCUACAGAGCAAAUCCAGUUCCUAGUUUUUACCGUGAAGGGCCACCUCCAAAGCGUGAACUUAAAAAGCUGCCAGUGACUCGUGCCAAAUCACCAAAUCUGACCCGUAGAAAGAGCUGUAGCGAUGCAGUCACACCAUCUCCCGAAGAAAAGAAACCUUGUGCAAAGGUUCGUCACAGCAUUGGUGUUUACAAACAAGGCAGUACUACCCCAACUACUCCCAAGAGUAAAGAUCGCGUGAGUGCUCGGAAUAGUAAUGGAACUCCCAAAGCCAAAGAACCUACCAAAUUGGUGAAAGCGAAAAAAGGAUCCCCUUUAAAGGAGAUGAAGGAAACUCCAAUUAAGGAGAUAAAGGAAACUCCAAUUGCAGAGUCAAAUGUAACUCCAAUGAAUGAGACAGAGGAAGCUCCAGUUAAGGUGACAAACGAAGCUUCUGUUAAGGAGAUAAAGGAAAUUCCCGCCUCAGAGAUGAAGGAAACUUCUCAUACAAUGACAGAGCAACUGAGUGCGGAUACUGCUGCUGAAUCAUGAACAAUUAGUCUUCUUCUUUUUCAUUUCCUUUUUCUUUUUCUUUGUAGUUUUUAUCAUCGAAUCGAGAUGUUCCAGGCAAGGUCAAAUUGGCCCUCCUCUUUUCUUCUCGGCAAUGACUUGUUGAAGUGAUGCUUUUAAUCCGUGUUGUAUAUUAUCUGUAAUUUCGAUUGGUACAUAUGUUACAUAGAAAGAGUGUUGGAGAACCUUUUGUUUAUAAACAUAAUUUUAAGAUAGUUUGACUGUGUUGUGUUA